CGACCAGGUUAGGUUCACAGGCUCAGUUACCAUGGCGACUCACCCUGAGGUUUAGUUACCUCCCUUUCUGAAACAGACAACCCUGAGUUUCCCUCAUUUCACGGUGAACGAACUCACGAAACGGACCCCUGCUGGUGCAACCUUGAGCCCCGCCCCGGACACCUCUGAGCUCAUCUGGGGGUGAUGGAUGUGGUCGCGCAGGAGGAGGCCAUGGACGACUCGUGGUCCCUGCUGUCCUGGGUGGCGUCCUGCCUCAUGGUGUUUGGCGGAGCGCUGCCUUACGUGCCGCAGUACCAGGACAUCCAGAGGAGCAGCCACAGCGACGGCUUCUCCACCCGGGUCUGCCUGGUGCUGCUCGUGGCCAACAUCCUGCGCAUCUUCUUCUGGAUCGGGAAGCAGUUUGAGCUGACCCUGUUGCUGCAGAGUGUGGUGAUGAUCAUCACUAUGUUCGCCAUACUCCACCUCUGCUGUGAGGUCCAGAACACCAACCGAGUGAGCACCAGGCAACACCGACUGUCAGACUUGGACUUUCGCUACUUCUGGAAGUGGAGCGCGUUCGAGGACUACCUGCUCUUCUGCUUCGGCUUCACCGUGCUCUGUGCCGUCAUCACCCUGCUGCUGCUGGACUCGCCCGUGUUUGUGGAGACGCUGGGCUCCGCAGCCGUGACGUUUGAGGCCAUGCUGGGCCUCCCCCAGCUGCUGCAGAACUUCCACAACCGCUCCACCAAAGGCAUGAGUGUGAAGAUGGUGCUGCUGUGGACGGCCGGGGACGUUUUCAAGACCUCCUACUUUGUGAUGAACGAGAGCCCGUCUCAGUUCUGGGUUUGCGGGUCGGUUCAGAUCAUAAUUGACGUGGCCAUCCUGCUGCAGGUCCUUCUCUACGGCCAAGACACACGGGUCAAGCUGGGUUGAACAUGUUUCCUCAUGUUUCCUCGUGCAAAGUAAAGAACAAAUUCAAAUUCUUCAGUCAUUUUUAAAAAUAAAAUCAUCAUUCCAAUUAUCAUGGGAGACGUCAAUAACACAGGAAUAAUGUAUAAAUAUGGACUCAUCAGACCCAAAUGGUUUACCUUCACGUGCAAUUAAGAAAAUCGUUUAUCAACCUAGUUUAGUCAUGCACUAAUAGCCACAACUCUGCCUUUAACUUUUAAUUAAGACAUGGCAUUUUAUAUGUUGUAUUUAUUUGUUCUAUGUUACAUUACCUAGAUUCCUAGGUGUACUGCACACGGAAACUGUAAGAGAGAAACAAUAGGUCCCUAACUGGCAGCUGAUGAGUCUCCCAGUUUGCACCACACAUCUCACGAUGCACAGUGUGUGCUUGGGGUGGAG